AUGAACUGUAACCUGCUCCUGUCCUGCUCCGUCCUCCUGCUCUCCUGCAGUCAUCUGUUAGCACAUCCUGUUUCUGACACAGCUGACAUGACUUACAGCGGCCCUGAUUCAGUGGAAGAGGCCGGAGGCGUCAGUCCAGAUGAUUUCUCUGUCUCUGAUCUCAAUGAUCUCCUGCAGAGGGCGGCAGUCCUGGAAUAUUCCCCGCUGCUCAGCCGAGAGAAUAUCAAAGUGCCUGGGCAGAUUCCUAAAGAGGCUCUUAGAGAGUUACUGUUAGAAAAACCGUAUCGCCUCAUUCCUCCCAGCGGCCUGUGGGGCGGCAGGAGACAGUUCAGGAAGAGAAGCGGCGGUGCAGAUUGCUUCUGGAAAUACUGUGUUUGAGGCAUUCGUGACAUACUGAACUGAGUCACAGGGCUUUUAUAGCUAUUCCUACCAGUAUGGACUCUCUCUUUCACACACACCCACACAUAAAUAUACAUAAUACAAAAGCAAAAAUAUACAGGACACAGUUAUAAAACUUUUGUGCAAAACAGUUGCUUCACAGAGAGACUGAUGUAAACCACUAACGUAAAGUAUCUGAGAUUUUUUUUUCACAUAUCUUCAGCUUGUAUGUGUCUGUAAAUUUUGAAUAACAUAUAAUUCUGGAAUAUUUGAAAUAAGUCUUUAUAGAAGA